CAGGGAGUGGUGGCGGUUGAUUCAACAUGGCGGCACGGGCAACAAGAAGUGGAAGUUCGGGGAUAUUUUGGAUGAAUGGCGUGUCAGAUGAGGAGCAGCCCUUGGUGUUUGUUCCUGGAGUGGAUGGAGAGGUGAAAACUCAGACCCCUUUCACUCUGGGACCAGGCAGUGCUAGUGCAUUGAGUAAAAGAGGCACCAAAAUGCAAGGCUCAGCCAGGCGUAGCUCUGACAGCAAGACUGAAGCUACACUAAAGAAAGGUGGCAAGAAACAGGGCCACUUACACAGUGAUGGCUCAGGCGCUUAUACUAAGGAAAAAGUGUCAGCCCACUACAAUGCUGAUGUGGCAACAGAGCAUACCCCUUCCCUGGCCUCUGAUACCUUUCUUCCCUCAUCACAGGUUAUUUCUGAGGCCAGCAGAGCCAGGAGCCAGGUCUGUUUGAAAGACCUCUGUCCCGAAGAUAAGCGCCGAAUUGCAAAUCUCAUUGAAGAACUGGCCAGAGUGAGUGAGGAGAAAGAAGAGUCACUGCAGCGUCUGAAAGAUGAACAGGAAAAUUUUGAACGCAAGAUCCAGCAGCUGGAGCAGCAGAACCUGAUCAUAGCACAGGAGAGGGAGAGCCUGCAGCAACAGUACAAAGAGUGUCAGGAGCUGCUUGGACUCUAUCAACAAUACCUUUCUCAGCAACAGGCAAAGCUCAACCAGUCAAUUGCCCAGCUCAGCCAGGCGCCAGCACAAAGCAAGGUGCUCAGUAGGGAGGAAGCCCACAGCAGAACAUGUGCUAGCAGAGCUAAUGGCUCAAUCUUUGACGGCUCAUACCUAAGCUUUGCAGCUACCCGAGCACGACAGCCUCAAGUGCACAGGGAUGGACAUAGAGUAAGACCAGCAGUACAAACUUUGAGCAACCCCGCCUCUCUUUGCUGUGUUAGUGAGCUCAGUCCCACCAAUGGGUCAGUCAAACAACAUAGGAUGCACAAAAGGGAGUGCAGGGAGCCACAGUCCUGCCACAGAUGCACAGAGCACUGCAAUGCCAGUGGUCAAGACAGUGGCUAUGGAACACAGCAGCGGAGAAGUGAUAAUAGCUCUUGUCCAGAGAAUGGCCACUGUGACAACUUGAACCAACAUGGGUGUGAAAGGCUCCAGACUGGGAUGGCUAUGGACUCGGAAGCCAAGGAAGCGCUGACUAGGCCUCUGCUGGGUCAUGAGGACUGGGAGGAAAAGAGGCAUCAGCUGCUGCUGCAGAAGAUGCAGUUGGAGAUGGAGAGAGAGAGGCUACAGGCACGGCUGGAUGAGCAGGCGGAGAAGCUCAACAGACAGAAUCAGCAGCUACACCAGUCUCGCCUCGACUACAGCAGGUUUCAACAAGCUACUCAAGCUGAGCUCAGCAGCUCAAACACCAGGAAUGGAGAUCCACAGCCAGAGGGUCCCUCCCUCCAAGAUUUACCCUCCAGUAUGCGUGGAGAUACAGACGGACAUCCUGAAGGACAGAAGUUGCAAGGAAAAUGCUCACAACCUGUACCUGCUCCUCUAGAUAAUGGUAUACAGACAUGUGCAGAGGCCUUGGAGCGGUCCAGAAGGGACAUGGCCACAUCUCCGGUGGCAAGCCCGAGUAAGCCCACAUCAGUGUCUGUGAUCCAUAAGAACCCUGAGGCCAGGUUGGACUUUUCUAUGGUUGAGUUAUUGGAUAUCUUUAGUCCCGUCUCUGCCCAUGAGCAAAGCAAGCGGUCUACUCGAAGGACCAAAAUUACACAACGCAGGCCGGCCCUCACUACCCCCAAACCAGUGGGCAGAACCAUGCUUACCCCUGCUUGUCCUUACACUCAAAGUACCCAGCAGGACUUGGAGGAAAGCCAGAUACUGGAGGAUAUUUUCUUCAUUUGCUGAUGAAGAAGGAAAUGAGGAGCAGCAAAAAAAAAGGAUUCAGUCACUUGAUAUUUUCCUAUUUGGUCUUAACUUUUAAAAUGUCUUUCAUUCAAUUUUCUAUUGACAUUUCAAAUCAGAAUGAUCAUGAUGUUCUAGAUUGAGUUCUUGUACUAUAAUUUUUAAUACAAAUAAAUGAUUAUUUAUUCAGAAUUGUUUAUGCUUCUGUUUUGUAAUUUAGAUCUUC